GAGGGGCGGGGCCUAGGGACGUUUGCUCCUGUCUCCUUCCUUUGCCCGUGGCUGCCUUCAGAAGUAGGUCGGUUGGUGGGCCGUUGGGCGUCUCUCGCGAUGGGACGCGGCGCGGUGAGGAGAGGCGAGUGAAGUCGGGCCCAGGAAGGAAGAGGAGGAGGAGCAGUGGUUCCUUCCUUCCUUCCCUCAGCGUGGCUCCAGCGGCCCUGGGUCCUGCCUGGGCGCCCCGUUCCCUGCUUCCGCCGGCUCCUCUACCAGCCGCCCUUCCAGCCUUCAGCCAUGCGGGGCCGGGGGGCAUGGACGCCGCGGAGCACGACGCCCUCUCCGCCCGGGAGCAGCUCUUCCACGAAAGGGUCCGGGAGUGCAUUAUCUGUGCCCUCCUCUUUGCCAGCCUCUACAUUCUGUGCUACUUCAUCCUAACUCGCUUCAAAAGGCACACAGAUUUCACCACAGUUGAUGAAGAUGCUGCUGUCAACAGGAUUGCGUUGUGGCUGUGCACCUUCACCUUAGCUGUCUCUCUUGGGGCUGUUCUCUUGCUGCCUUUCUCCAUAAUCAGCAAUGAAGUGCUCCUCUCCUUCCCACAAAACUACUACAUCCAGUGGCUGAAUGGCUCUCUUAUCCACGGGCUCUGGAACCUCAUCUUCCUUUUUUCUAAUCUCUCCCUGGUCUUCCUUAUGCCCUUUGCCUACUUCUUCACAGAGUCUGAAGGUUUUGCUGGAUCAAAGAAGGGGAUCAUGGCCCGUGUAUAUGAGACAUUUGUGGUGCUCCUAUUAUUGACAUUAUUAAUACUUGGAAUGGUCUGGGUGGCUUCUGCCAUUUUGGACAAUGAUGCUGCCAGCAGGGAGUCUCUCUAUGACCUCUGGGAGUACUACCUCCCUUACCUCUACUCAUGCAUUUCCCUGUUUGGUGUGCUCCUGCUCUUGUUGUGCACACCCUUUGGCCUGUCUCGUAUGUUCACGGUCACAGGAACGCUGCUGGUGAAGCCCAGGCUACUGGAAGAUUUAGAUGAGCAGCUGAACUGUACAGGAUUUGAAGAGGCAGCUAUCUCUCGUAAGAUAAAGUCUGGGAAAACUUCCUGCUGGCUUAGCUUUGACAUGGAAGUGUUGAGACAACAAUAUCUGGCAAUUCACGCACAUCGCAUAACGCUGGAAACGCGCCGCAAAGCCUCUGCCUGGCAACGGAACUUGGGCUACCCAUUGGCCAUGUUGUCUUUGCUAUCUCUGACGGGCAUCUCUGUUCUUGUUGUCUGUUUCCAUGUUUUGGAGCUGCUGUUGGAUGAUGCUGCAAUGCCGAGAGGUAUCCAGGAUGCGCCGCUGGGGAAAGUUUCCUUUUCUGUCUUUGGCUCUUUUGGAGCAGCUUUGCAGGUGAUCCUGAUAUUCUAUCUAAUGGUUUCCUCUGUUGUGGGAUUCUACAGCUCCCCUCUCUUCACCAAACUGCUACCUGAGAGGCAUGAUACAGCCAUGACAAAGAUCAUUGGGAACUGUGUCUCCCUGCUGGUGUUGAGUUCUGCACUCCCUGUUUUGUCUCGUACUUUGGGGAUCACAAGAUUUGACCUAUUAGGUGAUUUUGGAAGGUUUAACUGGCUGGGAAACUUCUACAUUGUCUUUCUCUACAACAUGCUGUUUGCUGGCCUGACUACUCUUUGCCUGGUGAAGAAGUUUACUUGGGCUGUGCAAGCUGAACUCAUCAGGGCCUUUGGCCUCCACAAGCUGCCUCUACCUGUGACCCGGUCACACCUCCUAAGUAAGCUCAGCUAAAUUGGGCUUGAUCCCUGGAUGAGAUGUGGCCUGGCAGCCAUGCUUGCCUCCUGUCAUAGGGAUAUCCUUACUUUGACCACCAUGAUUGUGCUUCUCCUGUUCUGAGCCAUCAAAUUGCAGCAGAAGAGGGCAGGACACCUUUCCUUGCUGCACCCUCCUUUUGACCAGUGAUUUGACCAAACCAAAGGAUGGGAAAGUGAAGUCUAUGGCGGCUUGGUUCUUGUGUCUCUGCAACUCAGAAGCCUGAGGAGGAGGAAAAAGCGAUAGCGAUGGGCUCAAAGUGUUCUAAAGAGCUCACUCGCUUCCUUAAGGCCUCCUUUGUCUAUCCGCUGAAGAAGCACCUUGCAGUGGAGAAUGCGGAACUAAGGUGCAAGUAAUAGAUGUUGGAGAAAGAGGGAUUGGACAAUCCAGAAGAGUGAUACUGGGAGCAAAGCAAAGGUGCAGGCUGUUGGUGAAAGUGCCUGGUGUCCUUCCUUGGUCCUGGCAGAGGAGCCUGCAUUUCACAGCUCUUGCUUCUCCUGAGUUUACAUUUGACAUUGUAUUAAGCCUUGUAUCCUCAUAGGCCUCCUUUUUCUUGCUAAAUCCUGUGACCCAAACCAGCCUGGUUUGAGUUUUGAGCCAGUUCUGAGUAGCAAUUUGAACUCUGUUCCAUGUUUACAUACCUCACUCAAGUGCAAUACAAGCUGGCGCUACUAGGGCCAUGUUGCCCUGGCUUUCCAUUCAGCUGCCCUUUGUAUAUAUGUUAUAUCUUUUUGUUUAGUGAUAUGUGUUGUUUAUGCUUCAUUCUCCCACUACGGUGGGCAUCCAAGAAACGCCCCAGUAUUCUGGGUAACUGUAAAUCAGCUUUGCCUUCUUGGGUUUCCCCCUGCCCAGCAGUUAGGGACACAGCCCUUUCUGCCUGGCAGAGUGGAAAACUAGCCACCAUUGCCUUCCCUUCAUUCCUGACCCUUUUCAGACUUAGAGAAGCUCCCUGGAAGAUCGAAACUGCUCCUGUGCUUUCCUCUGAUCUCCAUUGUGCUGGUGGGAACAAAUUUUCCACAGAGAUGGAUUUCAUAGACAAUCUGUCAAGCUUUUCAUUUCAUGCUCUACUUACAUGAAGCUGUUCUGAUUUUUAACUACACUGAGAUGUUCUGCCUGUUACUUCACCAUACAAAUCAAGAAGAAUUAAAAUGGAGGGUUGGACUUCCACCACUCUUGACCCUUGGCAAUGAUACUGAGACAACCAUUGGUUCCCCUUCCUCAAUCUAAAGUCACCCAGGUUUAAGAGCAAUCCCAUUAUUGCAUGCAGGGCAUGGAAGAGGACAGGGGCUUAGAGUGUGAGUUUGCUUGGUGCUGAGGUGGAUAGUGAAAGGGUGGAAAGGCUUAGGUGUGUGAUGAAAUGAAGUAUGAAAGAGCAGUUCAAGAGGAAACUUUCCCUUUAGUUCAUUAUUCAUAGGCUUUUUACCCCUUCCAUUACCCUUCUUUCAAAGGUGUCAAACAGACUGCUUGCUGUUGACAACCACAUGCCAGUGGCUUCAAUAUGAACGCAUGCAUUGAAUCCUUGGAUGAUGGCAUGGGCUGUUCAGUCAACUUGCAUUCAGUCCUUAGCAAGUAGAACAUGAGGCUAUUCAGCCCUCCAUUUUCAUUCUUUCUCUGAUUUCUGUGGGGAUAGUAAUAGGUAAAACACCCAAAUUGGGUGAAGGUAUGGGGACAGAUAUCAGAAUGGUGAUUGCAUGUCGGGGAUGAUUGUUCCUCGUGGCAGGUAAAAUGUGAACGUUGAAUCUAAUGUUUGGAGUUGUUCCUGCCUGUUUUCUCCACUGUGCUUGUGACACAACUUCCCUGCUUGUAUGUUGACGUGUGGUUGCCUCAUAGGUGGAGAAUUACGAGCUGCAAUGGGAUUUGGCCCCUAUAAUUUCUAAAGUUGGAACUGAAGAAAGCCCUACAUUCUUAACCCAACCCAGACAUAUACAGGGAGCUGAAAGUGAAUUAGUUAUUCUAUUGCAGCUACAUAUAAUGGAAUUGCAGGCUGAGUGGACCAACUUAAAUGGAGAUGUGUAACCUUUGUCUUCCCCCUCCCAACCCCAUGGCUUUUUGGUCUCAGUACUGUACUAUUUUAUGGACUCUUAGCCAUGUAAGCAAUAAAUUGCCUGGUUUUUUAUA